AUGUCCUGGACUCAAAUUUUUCUUCUCUCGUUGCUAACCACCCUCUUCAUGCUCACCUUUUCCAGUGUGGUGGAAAGCGCAGCCGUUCGGGACGAUCCUAAAGGUCCAGCACGGCAGGUGUUCAUGCCUGAGUCGGACGCCUCCAACUUCUUCCAGCGCCGUAGUCGCCGCUCAGUCCAAUACUAUGAGCUCCAAGCUGAGCAGAGGGUAAGACUUGCAGCAAAUGAGCGGAGGAGGGAGUACAAUGAAGAGCAAAGGAAUGAGUACGAGGACUAUGUCGAGGAGGAGCGUGAUGAGGUAAAUGAGAGAUCGAGGGAGACGAAUGAGCAAUUGCGAGAGUUUCACUAUGAUGGCCUCUAUCCCCGUUACUACUGGUUCCACUGAGCAUACUGCAUUGUGUGGAGAGCCGGGCUACAGCACCUCUCAAUGAAGCAGUAGUAAUACUGCCAUCACCUUUACUAAAGUUGAUUCCUG